AUGCGUUUAGGGUUCCCCCGGGGUGCUGGGCUGCCUUCCCCAGCCCCGCCUCCCCCAGCCAGCCAGCUGGUGACGAUGUUUGCGCUGGUUUUCCCCCAGCCCUUCCGCCUGCUCGCCCUCCUCGCCGGCGCCCUGCUCGGCUCCGCCGGCGCCCUGCACUGCCACGCCGUCCACGCCCCCGCGCCCGGCCCGCUGCACCGGCCGCUGUACUACGCCGGGCUCUCGCUCGGGACCAGCACGCUGCUCGGCCUGCUGCUGGUCCACCUGCUCCGCCGGCUGCUCCAGCUGCCCGCCGCCGACCCCGCCCCGCUCCUGCCCCUGCUCGCCGGCCUGCCCGCCAUCCUCAGCCUGCUCGUCCCCUCGCCCCUCGCCCCCUUCGCCGCCCGCUUCCGCGCCCCCCACCGCAAGCUCCAUGCCGCCCUCGCCCGCAUCCUCCGCCUCUCCCGAGCCCCCGCCCAUCCCACCCGCUUCCCCGACAUCAUCAUCGCCGACCUGCUCACCUCGCUCGCCAGGCCCAUCGCCGACCUCGCCCUCCUCCUCGCCCUCCUCCUCCGCCUCCGUCCCCCCGCCCAGGCCGCCCUCGCUAUCCUCGUCAACGCACUGCCCUAUCUGCUCCGCCUCAAGCAAUGCCUCAACGACCUGGCCGUAAGCCCAGCAAACAAGCGCCGCUCGGCGCUCAACGCCCUCAAGUACGCCAGCGCGAUCCCCAUGGUGGCCGUCCAGCAGACCCGGCGGCUCGGGGGGCCCGGGGCGGGGCCCUCGACCGCGGUGUGGCUGGCGACGUGUCUGCUCAACUCGGCCUACUCGACCUACUGGGACGUCGCCAACGACUGGGGCUUCUCGCUGCCCCAGAUCGUCGCCCUCUUUCCCCACCACCCUUCGCAGCAGCAGCCCCACCGGAAGACGGAGCUCGAAGGCCCGGCGGGGCCCGCGCCCACAAGCACCCGGAUCCUGUUCCCUGCGCCCGAGAGAAACAGCGUCUAUCUGGCCCUCAUCGCCUCGAACGCCGUCCUCAGACACCUCUGGCUCCUCGCCCUCCUCACGCCCUCCUCCGGCCCACGCUCCGGCUUCGCAAUCCAAGCCGCCGAGGUCCUGCGCCGCGCGCUCUGGCUCCUGCUCCGCCUCGAAUGGGCCGACCUCUCGGCCCCCUCCGCCACGCUCCCCGCCGGAUACGCCCUCCUUGAGCUCCCGCCCCACCAUCCGGACGACUCCGACGACGAGCAGGACGAGCACGACCAGCAGCAGCCCGCGCUCAUCGCCCGCGCCGACAUCCCCCUCCUCGCUGACUCCAAGUCCCCCCCGCACUCCCACCCCGCCCGCCCUUACACCGUGCUCGAAAUCGACGAGCGCAUCGAGCCCCCCGGGCUCUCCGUCACCCCUCACUCCACCAACUCCUCCUUCUUCCACCGCCCCCCUCCGACCACAUCCCUCCCCAAUCCUACCCCACUCGAGCCUUCGUAA